AUGGGGGAGGGAGCUUUUGAUCACAGAGCUCUGUUUGCAGCAUCCCUGGAGCAGCUACUGUUAUCUAAAACAUAAGGGCCAGGAUAGGGGAACAGAUCUAAAGAAGAGAUAGACGGGGAAUCCUCUGGAAUCAUCCAGGGGUCUGGUUGCUUUGUGUGGAGUGGAGCAGGAGGUGAGAAGAAGUGUUUUCCAUGUAAACACCCCCUCAGAAGGGAUAAGCGGAGGAGCGGUAGAGAGAGGAGGAAGGGUAGAGAUAGGAGGGGUAGAGAGAGGGGAAACGUUCCUUCUCCCUAGGAUAUUACCCCUCUAUCUGGCUACCUACUAUGGCUCCUUUAAAAAAAAUAGUGGUAAUCCCAUCACAUCAAGGAAAGGUUUCAAGCAGACCACCAUAGUCCCUGUGCCCAAGAACGCAAAGGUUCUGCCUGGAGAGUGUGUUCUGGUGUACUCAAUGCAUUCCCAAUGCUUCAGCAGACCUCAGUCCAGAGAGAGUCAACCUGUGGCUGUUGUGACACACCUGAGAUACAGACAAGAGUCACAUUGAGACAACCACAGCAGUGGGACACAAGACAACUCUCCACAUUGCUUUGUUGUUUCCUCUUAGCUGAAACCAUGGAUAUGACUACGGCCAAGACGACCGCAAGCUUUCUCUCCACUGUCUCCAGCACCUCCAUGAACCCCAUUCUCACUGUUACAACGGACGCCAGGAUGGAACAUGAGAUGGUCACAGAGUCCAGGACAAAACUCAUGACCACUAGCAUUACUAUAACAACAACCAAUGAGACAAGCUUCAAUGCCACCAAGCUGCCAGAGUUGGAGCUCGAGGGCUCUGAGAUGGGCAUGGUGUUGUUGCCCUUUGGCAUCAUCACUGUAAUUGGCCUGACAUUGGUCGUGAUGCUGUAUAUCAGGAAACGGAAGAGACUGGAGAAGCUGAGGCACCAGCUGAUGCCCAUGUAUAACUUUGAUCCGGCAGAGGAACAGGAUGACUUGGAACAGGAACUACUGGACCACAACCUCACAGGACCCAAUAACAAGACUCUCACGACCUCCCAGGGGACGACACAGAGGCCCAGUCGCCUGGUCUUCACAGACGUAGCCAACGGUCUCAAUGCAUAACUACACUCUUAAAGACAUGAGAGGGGACUGGGGGACAUGGGGAGGGGACUAGCUAUUCCGUCAUUGAGAUAUGUUGCUCAGGAAAAAAAGGAAAACUGGAAUGAAGGCCAUGGAAACAUACUGAUGUCUGGGGGAUGUUUUUCAGGCUGGGCUAUAAGGGAAUUCUGAUGUUUAAGUUGUAAUGUAGUCAUAGUUUAACUGUGAGGUUCUCCAUCAUUGUCAUUAGUCCACAUCGUUUACAGUUCUUAAAUUGUCUCCAGUGACUAUGGUGGGAUAUAUGGGGAAAUUAGGUGAACUUUAUUGAACUAAGGAUUUUGAACUGGUUGUUAUUUGUUGCACAAAUACUUCAUGGGUUUUUGUUGGAUCACUGUCUUUCUCUGUAGUUAAGUGAUAGUGGUGGUAGAACUCCUACAUCCAUCUUCAUUGAAAACUUAGUCUAGAAUGUAUUCAUUUCCACAUGUUCGUAUUUUGCUGCUAAAUGUAGACAACCACAUUUGAGAAGAGCCUCCUCUAAAAUGGUUAUGCAAAAAUGUUGACUUUUUACUGCUUCCAUAAUGGUGGUGGACUAGAGACUUGGAACAACAAGGGAAUGGACAUUCUACACAUUGAAGAACUAAAACACGACAUCAGGAGAUCCGGAGGACAAUGCCUGGGGUACUGUAACCCACCUAGUGUACAUUACUGUACCCCUGUCCACACGUCCAAAAUGUGUCUUUCAGCACUUCUGUCUCUAUCGCCCCUUUGCCCUCAAAGUAUUAGUAUAUUUCCUCUAAGUAAUAAAGUAUUAGUAUACUUCCUCUAA